CCACUCCAACCGGAAGCACGUGGUUUUGUUGUAAUGAAAAUUGAAAUCUGUAUCGCGUGGUGAUGGAAAGUGAAAUAUAAGGUUGAAAACAGAAUCAGAUCAGCAAAUAUGACCCAAGGUAACAAAGACUCCAGAAUUGUGAAAAAGAAGAAAAAGAUGAAGAUGCGUCAAAAAAUCUCUGUUGAUGGUCCCAUUGGAAAGGCUGUUGACAGUGAAAAAGAUGUUACAAUUACCAUGAAAAAGAAAAUUAAGAAAAAGAUGAAAGUUAAUCCAGAACAUCCAAGCAUUCCAGAAGGCCCUAUUGGGAAGACACUCAGCAGUAAAGAAGAUAUAAACAUUACCAUGAAAGUUAAAAAUAAUAAGAAGAAGAAGUUGAAGGAAGACCAUCUGAACAUUACUGAAGGUGGCAAUGAAGAUUCUAUAGAAGAAAGUGCUGACAGCACAAAAGAGGUAAAGGAAGAUGGAAUGUCUGAAGAAACUGAGGAAGAUGUACAGCAACCCUCAGAAGAUUUUGUCAAAAAGAAGAAAAAGAAGAAACGAAAGAUGACUGAAGACACAACCACAGAUAUCAAAAAGAGGAAGACAGACACAGGAGAAUCUAGUCAAGAGGAGACAACUGAUGAAGGAAAAGAGGAGACAACUGAUGAAGGGAAGUCUGGAGAAGAGAGUGAUAAGGUUAACCAGAUGCAAGAAUCACAGUUACCAGGUAGCUCAUUGUCCACAGCAAUUUUAUCUGACACGUCCUUUGAGUCAUUGAAGGAGAAAGUGUCAGAGUUGACGCUGAAAGCCGUGGCAGAUAUGGGGUUUACCCACAUGACUGAGAUACAGGCAAAAGCCAUCCCACAUCUGCUGGAGGGAAGGGAUUUAAUGGGAGCAGCUAAGACAGGCAGUGGGAAAACCCUAGCCUUUCUCAUCCCUGCUAUAGAGCUCAUCAAUAAGCUGAGAUUUAUGCCCAGGAAUGGUACUGGUUGUGUGAUCAUCUCACCCACACGAGAACUCUCCAUACAGACGUUUGGGGUGCUGAAGGAGCUGCUCAAGUACCAUUGUCACACCUACGGUCUGUGUAUGGGGGGAACUAACAGGGUGGAGGAGAGUAAGAAACUGUCCAAGGGCAUCAACAUCCUGGUGGCCACACCUGGCAGGCUGCUCGAUCACUUACAGAACACCCAGGAGUUCAUGAUUAAGAACUUACAGUGUCUAAUCAUUGAUGAGGCAGACAGGAUCCUGGAUAUAGGGUUUGAGGAGGAGAUGAAACAAAUCAUGAAGCUGUUACCAAAGAGGAGACAGACCAUGUUGUUUUCUGCCACACAAACCAGGAAGAUUGAAGACUUGGCUAAGAUGUCGCUCAAGAAAGAGCCUCUGUAUGUUGGUGUGGAUGAUAAGAGAGAGACAGCCACAGUGGAAGGUUUAGAACAGGGCUAUGUGGUGUGUCCAUCUGACAAGAGAUUCCUGCUGCUCUUCACAUUUCUCAAGAAGAAUCGAAAGAAGAAGAUCAUGGUGUUUUUGAGUUCCUGUCUCUCUGUCAAAUAUCACUAUGAACUCCUCAAUUAUAUAGACUUGCCUGUUAUGUGUAUUCAUGGUAAACAAAAGCAGGCCAAACGCACACAGACAUUUUUCCAGUUCUGUAAUUCUGAGGAAGCAACAUUGUUAUGUACAGACGUGGCAGCCAGAGGUCUGGACAUUCCUGCUGUCGAUUGGAUAGUUCAGUAUGACCCACCGGAUGACCCGAAGGAAUACAUCCACAGGGUGGGUAGGACAGCCCGAGGGGAAGGGGGUAUCGGCCAUGCCCUGCUCAUUCUCACCCCUGGAGAGCUGGGAUUUCUGCGGUACCUGAAGAAAGCAAAGGUCCCACUAAACGAGUUUGACUUCUCCUGGAGCAAAGUUUCACAGAUUCAACCUCAGUUGGAGAAGCUUAUUGAGAAGAACUAUUUUCUGCACCAAUCUGCUCAGUUAGCGUACAAGAGUUACAUCAGAGCGUACGCCUCUCAUCAUCUUAAGAACAUCUUUGAUGUCAGCAGCCUGGACCUACAGAAGGUGGCCUUGUCAUUCGGCUUCAAGGUGCCGCCAUAUGUAGACCUCAAUGUUCACAAUAAAGGUGGAGAGAAGGCCAAUAGAAAAGGAGGGUCAGGUGGGGGCGGUUACGGAUACCAGCGUGGAAACAAACAACACAAGUCCAAGGUUUUCAAACAAGUUGGUAACAGGGACAGAUCCAGGAAACAGUUCUCCAGAUGAUGAUCGUCUAGAGCCUCAUCAAUUUUCCGGAAUAAUCAGAAUAUCUGGAACUUCGCUGCUGAAGGAUCAUCACAUGUUUUAGAGGCUUUCACAGGGACUGAGAACACCGAUUUCAUUUAUGGGUGCAAAUGUGGUUUACACAGGCUGUGUUUCGGAUUCAAAAGAAAUGUCACAGCGUUUAUCAUAUUGUAAUAUUUGAAAAUCACAUCCAUUGUAUAUGCAUGUGACACACUGUUCUUU